CCACAUUCAUGUUUUUCGUAAAAAAAAAAAAAGUAAAAGUCAUUAAGAAAUAAAAAUUAAUUAAUUCGAAAUCUAACAGAAAUUUCAAUAGGUUAAAAAUUGAUUCAACACUGACAUGCAAGAGCGCGUGCGCAAUAACAUUUGGAAAGCUCGGCUUGCUCUUUCGGUCCUUGUCGGCCGUAACCGCGAUCCUCUGUUCCGACGGUGUCGCCUACCCCGAGCUCAGUGAGCCGAUGUGUGAGCGCCGCGACGCCCAGAACAGCCUCAACGUUAAGCGUCGCCGACGUGGGUUUGACGAGAGGCCACGUUUUCUUUCUCGCCCUUGUCGUCGUCGUCAUUGUUGUCGUCAUUUUCGUCAUUCGUUUUUUUAGUUAUCUUUUUUCGAUUAGCUAUUGUGGUGGCGCACGCGGCUACACAUCGCCGAUCGGUUUGGUGCGCGACGAAAGGGAAACAGAGAGAAAGACAGAGACAGAAACGUGUACAAUAUAUCUUCCUCUUUUUCUCUCUUCUCCUUUUAUCGGUCUCUUUCUUUCUCUCAAUUUUCUCCGCCCUGAGCAUUUCUAUCUUUCUCUAUCUUGACAAUUGUAUUCAUUCGCUCGACAUCAUCGUCUCUUGCUGUCAUUGCUGUCUUUUUCAUCGGUGGUUCACGUGUCUCGCGAAUGCGUUGCAAAACGCAUCUUCUCUCUGAUCUCCACCGGCUUCUCGUUGUUUGAGGAACGUAUGGCUACAAAAAGGAAAGGGGAUGACCGCGACCGAGGACACGAUCAACGAUGAACCAUCGACCACCAAGAAGAAAAAUGACAUAAAUGUAAAGGGUUAUCGUAUUCUUUAGUCCAUUAAAAUAUCUUCUGCUGCGUCGAAUCGACAAUAAUGUAAAACUGCAGCCAAAAGUUACGAUACUUUGUACGUGGGAGUGAAAAUGCACGGCAAAGAACGCGCAUACAUCGUUCAAUUUCUCAUCGCUUAUUUUCUACAUCCAUGCAAAUAUUCGCGGCAGUGAACCGGUUUGUGAUAAACAUUGCCACGAAGAAAAUUUAAAAUCAUAUUUUUGUGUGAAUCGCAUGUGUUGCCGCAUAAACGGGACUAAAGCAUAAACAAUGAAAGUUUGAUAAAAUAAAUUCGUGCAUACAAGAGAAUUGAUUGCUGGACGACAUCUAUAUGUUUUAUGAAUAUAUCUCGCCGAUGCUUUCCUCCGAUCGUAUUAAUCAAUGUCGAGCGGGGAAGAAGGCUUCGAAGGCUUCGGUCGAGCAUACGAAUACGUAGCCACAAAAAGCGGAAUAAAUUGGAGUACCGAAAUACAUGCAGCUCGUGAACUCCCAGGAUGAACGCCACGACUUACACGAGCAGCACGUUGGCCGGGAUUAUGGGCCUCGAGUCGGAGAUAAGGAUGGAUAAGGCGGAGGACAGCGACCUUGAUAUUUCCCCGGUCACGCUGUCCUCCGCGUGGUCGAGGGUGGCCAGGCUCCUCUUGUUGGCGUCGAUGGCUGUCGGUGGCAGCGUUGGAAACGUGUUCAUGAUCUCCGCCGUGGUCGUGGAGGAUCAACUUAAGAAACGAGGGAACGCGUUUCUAGUGAACGUUGCGUUGGCGGAUCUAUUAGUGACAGGGCUCGUGAUACCUGUGUCGGUGAUCGUGAUCCUUGCGGGUCAUGAAGAGUCGUUGAGCACAUGCCGAUUCGAAUGCACUCUGGAGGCCCUCUGCUUUCUGGUUACCGUACUAACGUUAACCACCAUUGCCGCGGAGAAUUACACUCGUUUGUGUCUGCCUCACGAAAGAUACGGCGUGCUGACCCCGAGCCGCGUCACAGCGACGAUCAUCAGCGUCUGGCUGAUAUCCGCCAUGACAGUGGUGCUGCAAUCGUCGUUGGACGUGGGCCCCGACUUUUGCCGGCGGCGUUUCACCGGCAUAGCAAUGGAGCAGAUAAUAGGUGCCACGUUCCUGGUAGGGCUGCCAACACUGACCACUAUAUUCCUCUACGUGAAGCUCGUGAUACGCGUCCGCCACGCCACGAGAGGCUCGUACAAGCCACCUAUCGCAUUCUCCUGGGACUACGAGCUAGCCAAGGCCAACAUAUACAGUUGCGUCAUGUUCGUCGUGUUCUGGCUACCGUUCGGCAUAGUCGUGUGCCUCAACUCGUUCAAACCGAUAAGCCCACGUGUCCUGUACAAUCUGGCCUGGUUCGCCCUCUCCAAAUCCUGUUUCAACAAUCUGAUCUACUGCGUGGCGGACAGGCACUUCAGAAGCGCGUACGUCAAGCUUUUCCAUUAUUGCUGCUGCAAAACAACGGUGAGUUUCUCGAGGAGGACGCGCGGGGAGGGGGGCCGGAACACUAGCGACGUGCGCCUCAGAGUUCACAUUAUACACUCGUACGCGAGUCCUGGCUCGUGUCGGCCACCUGUCGGCAGGCCUAACGGCCGUGACGUUUACGAGCUUUGAAUUCAACGAAAUCACGAUGUGCUUGGGAUGUAUAUGGAUCUUAAAAAGGUAUCAACGAUCGCCGUCCAGUAGAGAGAUUGAUUAUAUUUCGGUUUGUCGUGUCGACGAGAUAUUCCCGUAAUCGGUUAGCUUCUUCUUCGGUAAUUGAAAUUUUAUUUAUUUAUUUAUUUAUUUAUUUAUUUAUCUUAGGCUGCGUUGAAGGGUUCAUAGGGAAGAUUAUUUUUGUGAUGGUUUUUGGAUAAUUUUUUGGAACAAUAUUCUUUAGCUGUUGAAAAGAAUGGAAGAAUUUGGUACGCAUUUUGAGACUUUUAAUUGUGCGUGAAAGAAAGAUAGCUCUAUCUCUGUUCAGCUUCGUCCAAUGCAAACUUUAAUUGCUUGUAAUAAGUUUCAAGUUUGCACUAUAAUUAUUUUCCUGGACAAUUCUGGGCUAAUUUUAACUUUAUUCAGAAUAUAAUUUUGAUUUUUUUUUUAUGUAUAAGUACAUAGAGUGAGUCAAGAAUUCUUCAAAGGAAGAGACAAUUGAAAAUUUUUAAGGCUAGUUUUUAUUAUAUAACUCUUUGAUUUUCGAAGAUAGGAAAAGUCAAAGAAUUUUUAAUACAGGAGAACCUUUAUUAUCUGAAGAUAUAACAAGAUAUCGUUGGAAAAAUAGUUUGUUAUUUGUCUUCGUUAUAUUUUCACUUACAUAAGUGAUUAACAUUGAUGAGAUAUAAUAUUCUCGUUUUAAAUAGCACACAGAUAAUGUUCAGACAUUCGGAUAACAGACGUUCUACUGUAUCAUUCCAUUGUCUUAUGUUCCUCUAACAAUUCAAAUUAAUUGACAUAUUAAUAUGUCUUCUAUAAUUGUUAAUUAACAUUCAUUUAAGAAUACGUGGAAUAUUGUCAGCAGUAAAUCUUCAUUGCAAGAAGAUUAUGACCUUAUUCUAUGUUUCUCGAUGAACCCUUUUCAUAAAAAUAUUUAAAAAAAAAAAAAAAAAAGGAAUAGCAAUAUGGUUAAUAUCCAUUAUUUUGGUACUAACAAAGUUUAAUUUAAUCUUCUAUUUUGGACCAACACAGGAUGUUUAACUACAAAUGUUCGAAAAUUUUUCAAAGCAAAAAGUAAUGAAAAUUAAAAAUAAAAAUACCGUUUUUCUUUUUAAUUUUCGCCCUAUUUUGCAACGAGGAAUUAAUUUUGGAACAUCUAUAGCCAAAUAUUCUAUAGCAAAUUUUGUCCAAUAGCCUGGCAAAAGUCAGACUACUCGUCUGGCAUCGAGCAUCGAAGGAAUGUAAGUAGGAUAUUGACACUGAAACAGGAAAUCGCCGUCCAUUGGGAAUUUUAUCCUGUUGUCGUUCCGAUAUUAACGGAUGUUUCCAUCUUUCGGUCUGUAUUCUUCCACUUUUAUUCUUCCAAGAAUCGUUUUGCGAUAUAGUUACAUAUCCCGGAAAAAAAAAGGAAAAAAAAAAAAAAAAACGUUCGUCCGCUCUUCAAA